GAAAAACAAAACCUCUGGCACUUGGCGACGACUCGGAGGGCCGGUGGCUGCCUAGACAACGAGAACAACAAAAGGGGCGGGGGCUUAAAAGAAGAAACAUGUCGUCUUUCUUCAUAAAGAAGAAAGGAAGCGCAAAGACGACGAAAAAUAAAGAGAACGGUACUGCCCAGAAGAGAAAGCUCGCAGUGAGUGGAGACGCUAAACGUCCUCUUAAGACUCCCACCUCGAGGCUGAACGAAGAAAUCUCCAGCGACUCGGACUCGGAAAGCCCUCAGGUUGGAAAAAAACAAAGAAACGAAGAUGAAGAAAUUGAGGAAACUGCCCAAGAGAAGAAACUGAGACUGGCGAAGAUUUACCUUGAUCAGCUGAGAGAAGAAGAAACCGAGAAGGCAGAAGAGGACGCCUUUGAGACGGACUUAAUAGCUGGCAGGCUGCAGGACGACGUGCUUGAACAGAAAGGCAGAUUACAACGACAAGUAGCAAAAGACUUCCAGCCUCCCGAUGUUGCAGACGUCCGCCUGCUGAAGGGGCACAAGCUCCCGGUCACCUGCCUUGUCAUUUCUCCCGAUGAUAAACACAUUUUCUCAUCGUCCAAGGACUGCUCCAUUAUUAAAUGGGACGUGGAGACGGGCAAGAAGGUCUGCACAGUCCCUGGAGGGAGAAAGGGGACAGAAGACAGGCACGUGGGACACACGGCACACGUCCUCUGCAUGGCGCUAUCCUCAGAUGGCAAAUACCUGGCCACCGGUGACCGAAACAAGCUGGUGAUGAUUUGGGACGCGGCGACCUGCCGCCAUCUCUACACGUUCCCUGGCCACCGGGACGCCGUGUCGGGCUUGUCCUUCAGAAGAGGCACCCACCAGCUGUACAGCGCGUCACACGACCGCUCGGUCAAAGUGUGGAAUGUCGAUGAGAACGCCUACGUGGAGACGCUGUUUGGCCACCAGGAUGUCAUCACCGGGCUGGACAGCCUGAGCCGAGAGCGCUGCGUGACUGCGGGGGGCCGUGACGGCACCGUGAGGGUCUGGAAGAUCGCCGAGGAGUCUCAGCUGGUGUUUCAUGGUCACGGGGGCUCCAUUGAUUGUGUUCAGCUCAUAAAUGAAGAGCACAUGGUGACCGGAGCGGACGACGGUUCCGUCGCCGUCUGGAGUGUCAACAGGAAGAAGCCCCUGGUGACCAUCAAACAGGCCCACGGUUGCUAUGGAGACGGGGCCUUAGCACAGCCCUACUGGAUUUGCAGCAUGGCUGCCCUCCAGAACGGUGACGCCGUGGCCUCGGGCUCCCACGACUCCAAGGUCCAGCUCUGGCGCUGUUCAGAAGGUUUCCGCAGCAUGGAGCCGCUCUUCAGCAUCCCUCUGGUCGGAUUUGUCAACAGCUUGAAGUUCUCCAAUUCCGGGAAGUUCCUCGCCGCUGGUGUUGGUCAGGAGCACAGGCUGGGACGGUGGUGGCGCAAGAAAGAUGCCAAGAAUGGAAUUUACAUUAUACCUCUGAAGAAGGAUGGGCAAGAGCGGGCCUGAAGUGGGCGCCUCGCCCCGUCUGCUGUGAAGCUGUAAAUAAAUUCAUUGUGUUAAAGUGUU